UUCAAUGGCUUUGUUGCAGAUUUGCCUCCUUUGUUGCAAAAAAUGGCGGUGAGUAUCCGUUUUAUUUUAAACAACAUCCUCUGUACUGGAGCUGCCAGCUUUUGGAUGUUAUACUCCACAUUAUCUCUUUGCCUUUUAGGAAGAAAUAAUAGAUGGAAGCUACCUGAAUGCAUUUCUGGAUCUCAUACAGUUUCAAAGCUCCCAUGUGUGGACUGCAGACCUGUCCCGCAGAGUCCUGGCCUAUCUGAAUUCACGGAACGUUCCCUUCACCAUCCCCAGCCUGCAGGCAGCUAUGGAAAACCACCUGGAACAAUGUUUGUACCAGCCCUGGAAACUGCUGGAGGACCUGAGGGGAACUGACGCUCAGCAAUUCCACACUGCCAUGAAAUGUCUCUUAGAAGACAAGAAGGACCGCUUGGAGCUGGAUGACAUCACUGUUGACUUGGGAGAGAUUCGGAAACAAGCCUUGCAGAGCCCGGGCGUGAACCGCAGCCUGUUCCUCAUCACACUGGAGAGGUGUUUCCAGGUGCUGAACCCCCUGGAGUGUGUGGAGAUCCUGGGCAGGGUGCUAAGGGGCUCCGCAGGCCACUUUCUCCAGCCGGAUAUCACGGAGAGUCUCCCCCGGGACCUGCGUGAAGACGCCUUCAAGAACCUAAUUAUAUCUAUCUCCUGUCCCUUUCACGUACUGUGCUGUUCUGAAAAACAAAACAAGUCUGUGGUGUUCAAAGAGCUCUACGACCAAACCUCGGCCCAUUCCCAGAGGGCUCUCUACUGCUGGAUGACUGGGAUUUUGCAGACAUCCUCCAAUGGCACUGGUGAGCCCAGGCUUUGA